UCUCCGGAGCAGCAGAUCUGUGUGUGUGUGUCUGUGGUGUCGGUGAGAUGUUGAGGUCUUUGAGUUUGUCGUCGGACGGCUCCGUCCCUCCGCCGGACGACGAUGUGGACUCGGUGUGUUCGGACGAGCUGCUCGGUUCUCAGUCCCGCCGCUGGCUGGCCGACAUGUUGGACCUGGGCGCGCCCGCGGAUAGCGGGAGCGUGCACACCGUGGGCCGGGACGGCCUGUUCGUGGAUUAUCACUUCUCGCUCGGGGAGCUGGAUAUGAGGCCUGGAGUCGAGUGGAAGCGACCGAAGGAGAUCUGUUCGAGCUCUGGACUCUCACCGCAGUUCAUCGUGAACGGAGCGACACGCCUGGAUGUGCGACAGGGAGAACUCAAUGACUGCUGGCUACUUUCUGCAAUCGCAUCACUGUGUGUUCAUCCAACGCUGCUGAAGAAGGUCGUCCCUGUAGGACAGAACUUCCAAGAGGGAUAUAAUGGCUCCUUCACCUUCAAUUUCUGGCAGUAUGGUCAGUGGGAAGAAGUGAGGAUAGAUGACCUGUUGCCCACUCAGAAAAACGAACUGCUCUACCUGAGCUCUCCAGAAAAAAACGAGUUCUGGAGCUCCCUGUUGGAAAAGGCCUACGCCAAAUUGAAAGGUGGCUACAGAGCUCUGGACAUGGGCUUCCCACAUGAGGCUAUGGUUGACAUGACAGGUGGCAUUACAGAGGUUUUGAGCGUAAGCUCCUUACCCAAAGACUUGCCACGCUUUCUCAGACACCUAUUGGCUAAAGGAGCUCUUAUCAACUGUGCCAACUGUCGGGGCCCUCUAGAGCAGAAGACUGACCUGGGGAUCAUGUUCAGACAUGCCUACUCUCUGACUGCAGUGGAGAAGGUGAACACGGCACAUGGAGCUGUAAUUUUGGUUCGCAUCCUUAACCCUUGGGGUAACACAGAGUGGGAGGGGCCAUGGAGCGACUUCAAAGGUCCAGAGUGGAACACAGUGAGUACUGAGGAGCAGCGGCGACUGGGCAGAAUAAGCAGGGAGGACGGCGAGUUCUGGAUGGCAGUGUCAGAUUUCCGCUGUAGCUUUGAAAUCAUGGAGGUGUGUCAUUUGACCGAAAACCUCAGCCAACCAGGCUCAAGUAUGCAGCCGUGGUGUUGCACAUUGCAUCAUGGGAACUGGGUGCCACACGUGUCGGCAGGAGGUUCUCCUGAAUGGGGGUAUUUCUGGCAGAAUCCUCAGUUCUGCUUUGAUCUGUUGAAGGCAGACAGAAACCCAACAGCCUCCGAAAAUUCCUGCUCAUUUGUCCUGGCUCUGAUGCAGAAACACCAAAGACGUCUGAGCAUAGACCUGCAUAUCGGGCUGCAUAUAUAUCAGGCUCAUCCUAAGAAUAGGUAUCUAUCACAAGAGGACCUAAAAUCACAUCCACCCGUCUUGUCCACCCCACGUGACACCUCACGUCGGGAGGUUGUCCUUCGUGGUGCUCUUCCACCAGGUCACUACGUCAUCAUCCCUUUCACCUCAAAGCCCAAUCAGCAGGGAGCAUUCUUGCUCCGUGUGCUGACAGAGCAGGGCAACACGACCACUCCAGCUGACAUCCCACUUCCACAAGACUCUUCAUUGUCAAAGCCGUUGUGCCCAAACCAGGAGGCCCUCCCUUCCACUAAAGUUGUCAUGCAGCUCUUCAACAAGUACUGCAAGCAGGGCUUCUGCAAACCCAUGCACCUCUACAAGCUGCUGACUGAGGCCAUCCAGGGAGGAGUGUUGAAAGGCAGUGAGACGUUUCUGGCUCUAGAACACUGUAAGAGCUUGGUGGUCCUGAUGGAUAGCCAAGGCACCGCUCGCUUAAACUGGGGGGAGUUUGUCAGCCUGUGGGACAAGAUCAGGAUGUGGACGGAUAUCUUCCUGGUGUUUGACAAGAAUAAAUCUCACUUCCUUGAGUAUCAGGAGGUGGCUCCAGCUCUGCACGCAGCAGGUAUUGUGGUGGAUGAUUCGGUGAUGCAGCUGGUCGGCCUGAGAUACACGGAGCCAAACCUGACCAUCAGUUACCCAGGAUUCCUCUACCUGUUGAUGAAACUGGAGACCAUGAUCCACAAAUUUCAAGCACAUGACAUGGUGGGAAUGGGCAGCAUAACCAUCAGCUACAGACAGUGGCUCCAAAUGACCAUGUAUAACUGAUGUGGUCCAGUCAGAUGGUUCUCUCUCUGGGAUCACCACAUUGGGACUUCUGGACCUCCCAAGUCUUCAUCAGUGACUGUUGAACUCAACAACACCAAACCCAGAUUAAACAUAACCCUCAUCAGCUCCUCGACACAAACCACUUGUAUGUUAUAAAAAACAAAACGACAACAUGCAGCAGGACAUCAAUUUUACUCUUUUCUUGGUUUUAGCAGAAACAUUUGUCUUGUUCACUUUGUCACUUUUAGAAGUUUUCAGGAAAAGGUCCCAUAAAGGAUUUGCAACACAGUGUCCACAAUAAGAAUGUAUCUGUAAUAUAAGGUUUUUUGUGAGUAUAACAGCCCGUUCAGAUGUGCGCGCUGCAGCUCUGAGACGCAUUGACCCGCAGUGACACACGGUUCACAAGAUGAAUGUGUGCCACAGACAUUGCACAUAAUAUUUUGUUUGCUGUCCCUGGACUUGAGCCAAUGGAGGUGCACAUAUGGCUCAUCCGUGCGACAGUCGGGACACACCAGCAGGAUUUGUCACGCCUGACCGUAACAAUUUACCCUCGUACGCGAUCAGACUGUCUCUUUUGCCGUUUUGAUGCCAUCACAACAUUUAGAGUGCAGUCAGACUGCAAUCAGACUGCACUUCGACCGCCGUACACGUUUUCCCCACCUCGAGUGCACCCCGACAGUGGUGAGCAUGUGCUGGACGAAUGUGCACGGCUGUGUCUUAUGCACUCAAGAAUUCUGUACAAGGAUUUUCGAGUGCCCCUUAAAUUUGCCCGAAUGUAGGUCGAAUGUCCAUUCGUGAGGCUUUCAGCCUCAUUCGGCCUCUGGUGUGAUGGGAUUCGAUGUGCCCGAACAUUUCCAGCAGCCCUUCGAACUCUCUCUGAAUGCUUUGAAUUGCAUUUUCAAGCCAUACGAAUAUUACAACUGCAGUCAGAUUACAGUACAUCUGCACCUGGACUGCCAUUUGAUAUGUUUUUCACCACAAGUACAGAGUGCAUGUCCUCUGACUGCACGAAUGUGUCGACUGCUGUAAGAAUGCUGUACGAGGAUUUUGAAUGCACCUCAGAUUUGCCCGAAUGUGGGACAAAUUGUCAUUCGUGCUAAGUGUGAUGUAGGUAUACAGUAGUGUUCAGAAUAAUAGUAGUGCUAUGUGACUAAAAAGAUUAAUGCAGGUUUUGAGUAUAUUUCUUAUUGUUAUAUGGGAAACAAGGUACCAGUAGAUUC